AUGGGCACGCCGCAGCGCCCGCGCCCGCGGCAGCUGGCGCGCACCAACGCCAUGCGGAACUCCUCCUACUCCGCGGACGCCGGCGCCGACGGGGACGACGACCUCGCGGCCUAUGGCCGCAUCCAGCUCAGCGUCGACCGCGCGGCCCGCGCCUCCCCUGGCGCCGGGGCCAGGUACGCGUCGCAGACCAGCUUCCGCAUCCACGGCGGCCGCGGCGGCGGGGAGGAGGUCGCCGAGCUCUUCCGCCAGCUCGGCCUCUCCGGCCCCGAGGACUUCGCCAUCCCGCCGGCCGUCUACGCCGCCGCCAACGCCGCCCGCCGCCGCGCCUCGCUCGAGGAGUCGGCCCCUGCGGCGUCACCGUCGGAGGUUCCUGAGAUUUCGGGACGCGACGUCAUCGUCGCCUCUAGGUUGCAGCCAGCCGGCGACGGGGAGGAAGCUGGGUUAGCCACCGAAUUGGUCCAAUCGGAGACUAUACAAGUUUCAGCAAAAGCAUAUCAACGACCAUGGGCUGAAUCCAAAGCCAUAUUGGUCGAAUCAGAGAGAGUGGAAACCUCUACACGAGAGGUCACUGCUGUGUCUGAGCCGGCGAAUGCAGGUGAAGGGAAGGGGAAUGGCAAAUUGGCCAAAGUGGAAACAUCACGAGAGGAGAGGACAAGAGAAGUGGUUGUGGAGGCCACAAGGGAGAAGGCUACUGGUGCCCUGGCCCUCGUUGUUGCAGAGUCCAAUUCAUGUGACAUUGAGCAUUUGGUCUCGCCAUCGCCGAAUAGGCGGUUUAGGAGAACCAUCACAUCCUGGAUCAAGGGAGAGCAUAUCGGGAGCGGAUCGUUCGGGUCAGUCUACGAGGCGAUCAGCGAUGAUGGGUUUUUCUUUGCUGUCAAGGAGGUGUCAUUACUUGACCAAGGAAUCAAUGCAAAACAGCGCAUCGUCCAGCUUGAGCAUGAGGUAUCCCUCUUGAGUCGUUUGGAGCAUGACAAUAUUGUUCAGUAUUAUGGAACAGACAAGGAAGAUGGAAAAUUGUAUAUUUUUCUUGAACUUGUGACCCAAGGCUCUUUGGCAGCUUUAUAUCAAAAAUAUUGUUUACAAGAUUCUCAAGUAUCAGCAUAUACAAGGCAGAUUUUGAAUGGUUUGAACUAUCUACAUCAGCGAAAUGUCCUGCACAGGGACAUUAAAUGUGCAAAUAUCCUAGUUGAUGCAAAUGGUUUGGUCAAGUUGGCAGAUUUUGGCCUUGCGAAGGAGAUGUCAAUUUUGAGCCAAGCAAGAUCUAGCAAGGGAACUGUCUUCUGGAUGGCCCCUGAGGUUGCUAAGGCUAAGCCACAUGGACCUCCAGCAGAUAUAUGGAGUCUUGGCUGCACAGUUUUGGAGAUGCUGACCGGCAAAGUUCCAUACCCUGAUAUGGAAUGGACACAUGCUUUGCUCAAAAUUGGUAGGGGAAUACCACCAAAAAUCCCCAAUACGUUAUCAGAAGAUGCACGGGAUUUCAUAGCAAAGUGUGUUCAAGCAAACCAAAAGGACCGGCCAUCUGCUGCUCAGCUGUUGGAGCACCCUUUUGUGAAGAGACCACUGCAACAUUAA